CAAUCGGCAAUCAUGACUGACACUGCGGAAAGUUGCUCCGUUGUCUUGUACAAGUCGCCUCCUGCUUGGGGCCUUCCGUCUCUCUCGGUGGCCUGCACGCAAGUGGAGGCCUACCUGCGGCUCGGCGGCAUCCGAUUUGCGGUGCAGGAAUGCAUCACGCCCAGUGCCAGCCCGACCGGGCAGGUGCCUGCGCUGGACACAAGCGCGGACCUGGUGGGAACGGAUGCAUCAGCAGCAUCAGCACCGCCGCUCGCCGAGUUUGGCGCGGCACGCACCAUGGUGGAGUACUUGAAGGCGAAGGUGGUGGACCUGGACCGGGGGCUGACGGUGUCGCAGCGGGCAGAGGCGGCAGCCUUUGCAGCGCUGGUGGAAGCCAAGUUGCAGCCCGCCAUCGCUUUCACGACGUGGUGCGAGGCGGAGGCUUUUGCACGUCACACGCGGAGCGCCUACAGCAGCGGCAUGCCCUUCCCCCUCUCCUUCUUCAUCCCGCGCUCGCAGCGCAAGGCAGUGCUGCAUCACUUUGCGGGAACCAGCAGCAGCGAGGUGUACCAGGCAGCGGCAGAUGCACUGGAUGCGCUGGCGGUACGGCUGGGCAGCAGCGCAGGCCCCAGCAGCAGUGCCACCGACUUCUUCUUUGGUUCGCAGCCCACCAGCCUGGAUGCGCUGCUGUAUAGCUGCCUGGCCUACCUGCACGCCGCCCCCGUUGUGCACCCGCAGCUUCAGCGAAAGCUGAUGGGCCACCGUGUGUUGAGCGCCUAUGUGGAUCGCCUCUCGCUGCUGGCCUUUGCCACCAGCGUGCCUGCGGCUGCAGACGCGCACCUCGACUGGAGUGCCUGGGGCGGCACACAUGCAGCGGAUGACAAGUUUUCCAAGGCGAGGACAGAGAAGGAAAACGAGCUGGCGCGUAAGGGGCGGCGCUGGCUCGUUUGUGCGGGCGCCGCCAUCGCAGCCUACAUUUUCCUCAGCGGGCAGUACAUUCAGCUGGGUCUGCUGUCAGGCUACGAAUACGAGGAGGAGGAGGACAACGACGAGUGA